AUGCACUUCAGUUUCUCUUCGUUGCUUACCCUCGCGGUUGCUGCCACUGCCGUUGUUGCACAGCCCUCGAAACGAGACGCCCGCAAACUCAAUCCUUCCAAGGAAGUCGUCCACGAUGUCAAAUGGGACGAACUCUCGCCUUCCUCAACAGAAGUCAUCACCAACGCAAAGCGAUUCGCGGCAGGUCUGCCUCCCCUCCCUAGGAAGCGCAAUCCCAACCGCAGUGUGCACAAUCGUGUUGCUCACGCUAGGGGUACGCGAGUGAUAACUGCUCCUCGCUCUGAGACAUCGCCUUCCCCUCCUAACUCCCUCAACUGUAACAUUUUGGUCAAGAACGUUGCCACUGGGGAAAGCCUUGGUUACGUCUCCCCGGCCUGGAAUGACUUCGCAGAAUACGGUCCUCUCCAGAACUCACAGGACGGUGCACUUGAAGUCAAAACAAGCUACUCCGGCGACUCUCCUAAGCAGCUUGAUCUUGUUGCUCUCAAUGGCAAGAGUGCUGCUCAUCCCUUUGUGGGUGCAUCUGCCGGAUAUGGAUCAAGUGACGAGAACAUUUCCAGCAACAGCUCCAACUACCUCAUUCUUACCGGUAAUACUCAGACUCCUCCGGGAUCGAGACCAAGCUACGAAGCCAGCAACUCAUUCAAAAGCGCAAUCUGGUCGUACGACUCUACAAGCAGAGAGUUCACAGCUCACUGGGUCAACACUGAUGACUCCUCGGUCUCGGCAUAUAUCCUUUGGUCCAAUCAGGAAAACAACUCUUUGUUCACUUUGACUGGGAAUGCAACCAUCUUCAAGGAAACUUACGGUGUCGAAGAUAGCCCCAUAGUCAGCUUCACUUGCGUGCCACCUGUUGCUCCCCCAGUGUAA